AGCCUCGUGCGAGCUCGGCAUUGUGCGUUCCAUCUUCGACAUUAAGGCAGCAGCUGAUCAAGCCCUUGCUCUCUUUCCUCGGCCACUCGGAGGAUUGGCGUGCCAUCAUGCCGGCUUGGAGCACCGUGCUGCGUGCCGCGCACCCCAUGCGCAGCAACGUGUCGCACCGGAUGCGCCUGGCUGUCGGUGGGCUGCGCCACAAAACCACUCUAGACUUCCGAACCUGGAAAGAGGACCCGGCCGCUGUCCUGCAGAACGCACGUCGUCGUAACGUUCGUCUUGAUCUAGAUCUCGUCCUCGCUCGUCAUGACGCCUUUACCGAUCUCGAGUACCAGUCCCGCCAGCUGCGUGCUCGCCGCAAUGAAAUCACCGCCGACAUCAAGUCGGCUCACCAGGCCGGUGACGAUGCGGUCAAGCAAGCCCUCGCAGAGGAGGCCAAGAGCUUGCGCAGUCGCCUCGCUGACGUUGAGGCAGAGCGCGAUGCAACCUACCUUGAGCUGAUGCAAGAGGCCCUUCACGUCCCGAACCACACACAUCCAGCCGUGCCAGAUGAAGAACCUACGGUUCUACAAGUUGUGGGCAGUAAGCCAGUGUUUGAUUUUGAACCUCGUGAUCACAUUGCGCUCGGCGAGAUGCACGAGCUUUUUGAUUUCGAAGCGGGUGCUCGAACAACAGGCACAAGCUUCUACUACUUGAAGAAUGCUGCGGCUGCUUUAGAGAUGGCUCUCAUCCAGCUCGCGCUCAAUCGCAUGAUGCUGGCGGGUUACAUGCCCGUUUCCCCGCCAGACGUGGUGCGGGAAUCUCUCGUGGCCGGAUGCGGCUUUCAGCCACGCGAUGAGGCUUCCCAGGUGUACGAGCUUGCGAGCAAGCAUGCGAGUGGGGCUGGCACGCUGUGUCUGGCUGGCACGGCUGAGAUCCCUUUGGCAGGUCUCAAUAUGCAGCGUACGUUUGCUGCGGAAGAACUGCCACUCAACAUGGUCGCCUUUGGACGGGCGUUCCGCUGCGAAGCCGGGUCGCACGGUACUGCCACACGAGGCUUGUAUCGUGUGCACCAGUUUAGCAAGGUCGAGCUCUUCUCGAUCAUGCCAAACGAUGAAGCGCUGAGCAAUGCGAUGCAUGAGAAAAUUCUGGCUGAUCAGGUCCAGCUAUUUACUGAUCUGGGGCUGCACUUUGAGGUAUUAGACAUGCCAGCACAUGAUCUGGGAGCGCCGGCCUAUCGAAAAUUUGACAUUGAGGCGUGGAUGCCCGGGCGAGCCAGCUAUGGAGAGAUCUCGUCCACCAGCAAUUGCCUGGAUUAUCAGUCUCGCCGUUUGGAGAUUCGAUGCAAGACGGCAGACGGGACAUCUUCAGGAUUUGCACACACGCUGAAUGGGACCGCGUGUGCGAUACCACGCUUGCUGAUUGCGUUGUUAGAGACACAUCAGCAGGCGGAUGGGAGAAUCCCUAUGCCAGCCGUUCUGCACCCGUUUUUACCACCCCAGUACCACGUGCUGGUGCCCAAGCAGCCCAAGCAACCAACGGCGGCCUAGCUCAACCGAGUUUUCGUAAUGCUGCCAUGCCAAUUUAAUUGCCUACC